UGGGCCGGUGUCCUUCUCAAGGAAGCCCUACUGACUCGCGCCUUUCAUAGCGAACUGGUAGCCUCCUCUCGCUGUUCAGCUCAUGCGCAGAACAGGAUGAAGUACUUCCUGGUCAUGCUAUACUGGAUCCAGGGUUGGACGACGUUCUUCCAGGCGGGAAAUUCCAAUAAAUUCAAUACAAUCGACCUGGCCGCCGGCUACGUUGGAUUCUACGGUCACUCCAACAUCUUCUUCCUUCUCCUCACAGCGUCUUACACCCUCGGACUUCUUACCGCGAGUACUACGGUGUCGGCCACCGUCUGCUUCAUCCUCCACAGUCACCUCUUCAUCUGGAGUGUGUUUGCGCCCAAACUCUUCUACAUGGCUGUGCUCAAUAUUGUCUUCAUUCCCUUUCUAGUUUUAAUUGAUAUAUUUUGA